CCGUAUCGAAAGCUAUUGUUAAAUGCGUACUUUCCGGAGAUACGCUAAUCAUUCGUGGCAAACCUACCGGAAACCAACCUCCACGAGAAAAGCAAAUUAGUCUGGCUUAUAUUCAGGCCCCGAGGAUGGGAAACCAGAAAAAAGAUGAUGAACCUUUUGCAUUCGAAUCUCGGGAAUUUCUUCGUUGUCAGAUCGUGGGUAAAGAAAUUACAUUUCGCAUAGACUACACUAUUCCUACUACCAAUAGAGAAUAUGGAUCAGUAUUUUUAGGGAGUGAAAACAUCACCCAAUUGAUUGUAAGAGAGGGAUGGGCAAAAGUUAGAGAAGAUGGACGUAAGAAUAAAGAUGAUAGUAGGGGUGAAGAAGUAAAUAAUCUUAGUGCGUUGGAGAAUACUGCGCAAGGUGCAGGUAAAGGAAUAUGGGGAGAUAAAGACAAGUAUUCUCGCAAUGUCAAUUAUACCUUACAAGAGGAUGCUCGAACGUAUUUGAACAAAUAUAAAGGUUUAAAAAUUGAUGGCAUCAUUGAACAAGUACGAGAUGGAUCUAGUCUUCGCGUCUUGUUCAUUCCUCCAGCACCUGCGCCCCAACAAUAUCUAAAUAUAAACAUAUCCGGCAUAAAAGCCCCUACCGUACGGAAGGACAUCCCAGAUGUAGAAGACCUUGUGGAACCUUAUGGCGAAGAGGCGAAAUAUUUUGUUGAAUCAAGAUUGUUACAAAGGAAUGUAAAGGUGAUAUUAGAGGGGCUGUCUGGAAACAACCAAACCUUCUAUGCUACCAUUUUGCAUCCUGCAGGAAAUAUUGCAGAAUCUCUUGUUGCUGUAGGUUUGGCCAAAGUUGCAGAUUGGAGUAUUACCGUAGUUACAGAUGGUCCAAUUAAAUUGCGCGAGGCUGAAAAGAAAGCCAAGGAAAAGAGACUACGCCUUUGGCAAGACCACGUUGUUAGAAGUAAAGCUGGAGGCGAUGAUCAUGAUUUUGAAGGCAUUGAUCCUAAAUGUCCAGAAUAUAAUUUUGAAGCUAAAGAAUUCUUACGAAAAAAAUUAAUUGGUAAACCUGUCAGAGUAAUUAUUGACUAUCAAAAGCCUGCUUCUGAAGGAUAUGAAGCAAAGGAAUGUGCUACGAUUAAACUUGGGGAGUUCAAUCCAGCGGAGGCUCUUAUCGAACGAGGAUUGGCACAUAUCAUUCGACACAAAAGGGAUGACGAAGAUCGCUCUAGCUGUUAUGACCAACUUUUAAUAGCCGAUCAAAACACGAAAGAGCCGCCAGUUUACAGAAUCAGUGAUGUUUCAGAGGCAUGUUCUUCAUCAAAAGCUCGUCAAUUUUUACAUUCUUUGCAACGAUAUGGUCGCGUUCCCGGUGUUAUUGACUUCGUAAAUAACGGAUCAAGAUUUAAGAUUUAUAUCCCUAAAGAAAGUUAUAAGCUAACGUUUGUACUUAGUGGCAUACGCUGUCCUCGACCUGGUCGUACUCCUACAGAUAAAUCCGAGCCAUUUGCUACCGAAGCACUUGAGUUUGCGACACGUAAAGUGUUACAACGCGAUGUCGAGAUAGAAGUGGAAAAUGUUGAUAAAGUGGGCGGAUUUAUAGGUUCAUUGUGGUUAAAUAAGACUGAAAAUUUUGCAACAUUGCUACUUCAAGAGGGUCUUGCAACUGUUCAUUCGUUCAGUGCUGAUCAAAGCCCUUAUUCUAGGGAACUAUAUGCUGCUGAGCAAAUUGCUAAGGACGAAAAGAAAAAUAUUUGGUCAUUUCAAGAUUCAGGUCUUAUAAGUGAAACAAAUGACACAGCAACUGCUGAUGAAGCUGAACCUCGUAAAGAAUAUGUGGAUGUUGUAGUUUCAGAAAUCGUUUCAGGAGGGCAUUUUUAUGUUCAAGUUGUCAAUGAUAGCAACAUUCGUAAUUUGGAAAAGAUGAUGUCUGACUUUGGAUUUCAUCAUAAGAGCACUACCGCAAUAUCUAAUUUUGAUAAGAUAAAAACAGGGCAAAUAGUUAGUGCUCAAUUUACUGAGGAUGACCAAUGGUAUCGUGCCAGAAUAAGAAAGAAUAUUCCUGAGAAAGAAAGCGUAGAAGUUGUAUAUAUUGAUUAUGGAAAUUCAGAAACGAUUCCAGUAUCCCGAAUUCGGUCGAUUCCCGAUAAUUUUAAGCAAUUACCUCCACAUGCGUACGAGGCAAUGCUUUCUUUUUUGAAAGUACCAGACCGCGAGGCUGACUAUGGCGGCGAAGCCUACGAAAGACUACGAGACUUUGUUGAUUCAAAACAGCUUGUUGCAAACAUCGAUCAUCGAGAUAAUAAUGUACUCCAUCUUACUUUAUAUGAUCCAGCACAAUCCGAAUCGUCCGAUGCGUCAAUCAAUGCUGAAAUGGUUCGUGAUGGAUUAGGAUUGGUAAAUAAUAAAUUGCCAUAUAUCAAAAAAUAUUCGAAUUUGGUUAAGAAAUUGCUUGAGGUACAGGAACAAGCAAAGAAGGAUAGGGUGGGAAUGUUCGAGUAUGGCGACGUUACCGCUGAUGAUGAUGAAAGAGAUUAUUAA